AUGAGCGCUUCAGCGAGUAUUGCGCGGAGGGCGCUGGUCGUCAACCCGUUUCUGGGAAGCGGACGUGCUUUGCCAAGAUCUGUUUUACUUAUUGCCUCGAUCAACCUGGCGCGCAAUUCGCACGGCUCCAUGUUCAACAGUUCGACUACUGCGCUACUUAUCCCUCUCCGAAGCCUUACUACUAGGACGAGCACCCAUACCGGAGGGCCGCCUUCGGGCCCGCCCCCAGGCUUCAACCCGGAUGCGGCUAAGAAGCCGCUUCCUAAGGAGAGUGUUGGUACCGCAAAGCUGGCCGCUAAGCCAAAGACCGGUGAUGUUGAGGUGAAUGGACAAGCCAAGAAGGACGUUGACACAUCAGCCGCCGAGGGAGCGUCCCUCACAAAACUUGCGGCACAGAAAGGAAGCACUCCGGAGAAGAGUGAGGCGGCGAAGAAGGAGGAGAAGAAGUUGACCCUAGGGCAGAAGAUCAAGAAGGAGGUGCAGCAUUACUGGGACGGGACAAAGUUGCUGGCGGCCGAAGUCAGCAUCAGCUCGCGUCUCGCUCUGAAGAUGGCUGCUGGCUACGAGUUGACAAGAAGGGAGCACCGCCAGCUUCACCGGACAGUCCAAGACCUCGGACGUCUGGUCCCCUUCUCGGUGUUCGUCAUCGUGCCGUUCGCCGAGCUGCUGCUUCCCGUAGCACUCAGGCUCUUCCCCAACAUGCUGCCCAGCACCUACGAGGGGCAAAAGUCCAAGGACCAGAAGGCAUCUACCCUCCGAGCUACGCGCAAGGAGGUUAGCGACUUUCUUCGCCAAACUCUGAAAGAGACGGGCCUUCCGUUGACGCAGGCGACGGCGCAAAAGGAGGAGUUCACAAACUUCUUCCGCAAAGUCCGCUCUACGGGGGAGAAGCCCACGGCCGAGGAUGUGAUAAAGGUCUGCAAGGUGUUCAAGGACGAUCUGACACUAGACAACUUGUCUCGGCCUCAGCUUGUCUCCAUGUGCCGGUACCUUAACCUGAACACGUUUGGUACAGACAUGAUGCUCCGCUACCAGAUUCGCCACCGCAUGCGGCAGAUCAAGGCCGACGACCGCGCCAUCAGCUACGAGGGUGUCGACACGCUCUCCGUGCUGGAGCUUCAGAUUGCCUGCGCUAGCCGCGGAAUCAAGACACACGGCGUGUCUCCGGCAAGGUUAAGAGAAGACCUGCAGACAUGGCUAGACCUACGGCUCCGCGAGGGCGUCCCGUCGACGCUGCUGGUGCUCAGCAGCGCGUACGGCUACGGGCAGGCCCAGAAGGAUGGCGAGCCAUCUAGCCAGAUCGAAGCCUUGACGGGUGUGCUGUCGGCAAUCCCCGAGGAGCUCUUCCACGAAAUCGAGCUCGAGGUCCACAGCGCCGAGGGCGCUGCCACCAACAAGCAGCGUCUCGAGGUGCUCAAGGAGCAGCAGGAGCUGAUUGACGACGAGCUCGAGCAGAACCAGGAGAACAACGACACGGGCUUCGCGACGCCAAGAGACACAGAGGACAUUGAUGAGAAGGAAGAGAGGAUGCAAGCGGCGUCAGACAGCGUGGAGAAGGCUCAGGUCAAAGAGGCGGUGGAAGCCGAGCAGGACCAGGCCGAAUCGCAAAAGGCUGACAAGUGA